AGGUCGAAUAAUCAAGAAAUUUUACGGAGUUCGGUUAAGCGAGAGAAGCUUUUUUAGAGACUGUUGUGUCCUUGAGUGCGUCACAUGUGACCCUGAUUUAAAGAAUACUCUUGAUUCCAGACUUUCAGAGAUAGCUCGAUUACAUAAGAUAUUACCUAAAUUAAGCUCAGAUGUUGCAGUAAUAAUCUCACACCCACACGGUUUGGAAAAGAAAAUAAGUUUUGGCUCAUGCCGUCAGGUAUCUAAAACAAAAAAAUGGAUUUUGAGCUUGACGACGUAUGAAUAUGACACUGCUACAUGCGAAGGAAGCAGUGGUUCUCCUGUUAUCAUACUGCAGGACUUGUGGGCUCAGAGCGGUUCUAGAGUUCUGAUAACCAAUCUGCCAACACACAUUGGCUCUAGCGAUGAAAACAGCUUUUGUGGAGGCAGCUACGAUACAACUUUAAACCCAAACUGGCGUAGAAGAAGUAUUUACAAGGAUGCUACUCCGCCGGGACACAACUUUAGUAAACUCAGACUUCAAGCGUCCUCGUUUCUAGAUCAGUUUUCAGAAUGCAAGAACAAGUCUGAGCACUCUAAUCUGAUUCCCUUUAGCGCGUUCACAAUGGAGGAUUUACCCGAGGCGGACAGAGACAAAGAUACAAGGAAGUUAAUUGAGACGGUCGCUAAAUUAACCUGUAAAGUCACCGUUCGCAACACGGCUCUCGACCGGCCUAAAUACUACCCAGGCACAACGAAGCUUUACCCAACACAUCGUGGUAGAAGACACAGCGAAAUGCGAACGGGAAGUGGGGUUGUUUACUUUUCAAGUGGAAUCUUCAGGAAUGAAUCCAGCAGAUGUUGUUGCCACGAUUGUCAAGAAGUAAAUGACCCGGUGGUGGGGUUUACUGUUGUUUAUGUUCGAACAGCGAAGCAUGUUGUUUUCAACACCAUCGAGGCAACCUACGCCAGGUUCAGUUUUAAAAAUACUCCCGGGGACAAAUUAAUGGAGUUGGCUGGGAUUAGUGUUGUGGAUAGCGAUAUCGAGUCGGAUUUCAGCAUCGUUGAGUGCGUUACACACGAGCUAGAUGCCGCGGAAUUGUUUGAAGGGAUACAAAAAGAAAUGAUGCGAUUGGAUACAUUAAUUAGGUCAAGGUCGAAUGACCGAAAAAUUAAAAUAAGUAAACUUGCAGUGGUGGUAUCCCACCCCCACGGGUGGGGCAAGGUGGUCAGCGUGGGGGAGUCGGUGAGGAAGGCGGUCACGAACCAGACUGUGGACGACAUGCAGACGUCGUACAGCCACACGUCGAUGACGUGCCCCGGGUCCAGUGGUGGGCCGGUUGUUCUGAUGGACCAAAAGGAGCCAAAAGUCUUGAAGCGUUUUCUGAUGCCGCAUGUGCAUAGCUGCGGCGAGGGAGUGCAGAAAGGUUUCAGCGGUCAAGGGGUUUCUGGGUUCGUUAAGUUGACGUAAAUUUGCUUAGGGUUUUUGGUAUUUAUACAGUCGGGAAAAUCUUCUUAGGUUUUUUUUUUAUUCAUAAAUUUGCGGCAAAUGUUUUUGUAUAUUAGGAUUCUUACAGUUGGGAAAAUGUUCUUAGGGUUAGUGGUUCAUAAAGUUAACAUAUAUGUUCUUAAGUUUUUAUGCCUUAUGACGAUUCACAACUUAUAGGCAAAAAUAAAUAUUUAUCAAUAUUUUGGCUGCUGUAGAUAUGUAAAUAAUAGAAGGACAUAAGAAAUCAGGAAAUAUGGUGUUUUGCAAGGAAGCACAUGCUAUUUAAAGAUAAGUGUAAUUAAUUGCUGUAUUUACUUGUAUUUUUUAUGGAAGUAAGAAUGUAUAUUAUGAGGAACAAUGUGUACGUUAACUAGCAUUGUAUAUAUUGUAAGAAAAUAAAGUUGUUUUGUAUGAAAAUGUGUGUAUAUUAAAGUGAGUAGCGAUUGUUAAAGGAUUAUAGGACGAAUGAUUUUUAAAUGAUUUUUUAAGAUAUUGUGAUGAAUUAGCUGGGUAUGGCGACAAUGUCUUUCAACUAAUUUUUUAAAAUAUAUAUUGAUUACAAUUUUGAGCGAUUAUUUAUUGUUACUUUCGAAACACUUUAUUUUU